GUCCUGCCCUCUAUAGAUCAUGUGUUUAUGUCAAUAUUUAACACAGUCACAUAUAAUAUAGGUAAAUACAUUGCUGAGCUAUAUUUUAGAUCCAGCCCAUACGUAUCUCGACGAACAAUGUUGACACGUUUGUCAAGAAAAAAUAAAUUUUAUAAUUUUUCAUCAAUACAUAAUUGCUUUUGGAAACCCACUGCAGUCAACCUUGACAAUUUUUAUAUAUAAAAACCAGACAUUAACAUAAGUAUACGCUGUAAAUACAAGCACGAGGAGGUACUUCAUUACCGACAUAGUACAUUUAAGCACCACAGUCCGAUAGCGCCACCAUGUAUUGAAUACCGUGUAUUUUUCUUUCUCUGAUUAUCUCAUUCUCUGUGUUGAUCAUUGCUUAGACGCGAUUAAAAGUUGUACUCUCCACAAAAGCUCAUCGAAGCCUGUCGAAGCCUCUCGAAGUCUCAACAAAUGGUUGAACGGCAAUCACGAAAAAAUAAAAACGAUUAGCAAGGAGACUAGGUAAAAUUAACAAAUCGUAUAUGAUUGUCAAUGUUUCCAAGAGGAAUUGAUGUUUAAGUCAGACUAGAUUUGGCCAUUUGCAGUAAAGCAGGUAAAGAGUCAUAGAAUACGUCGUAGGUUAUAACGGUGAAGACAAUGGCGAAAAAGUAUGCAGUAAUUCAGAGUCGCUACAGCGAUAAUAACUACAUAAUUUCAACCAAUGAUUUAAAAAGAUUAGAUGAAAAUAAGGUUUUGAAAUGUGUAAAUUGUGUUAACAUUGGUGAAGACAACUUGGUUGUCCGUAGAAUAGGACUUAAUCUGAAUGGAGUGCAGAUUCUUGACAUAGACGAUGAUUACAAGAAACUUCAGAAGAGAUACAAAGGACAAAAACGUUUAAUAACGGUUAAAAUCGCAGGUUUCAGCCCAAGUAUACAGCAAUAUAAAAAAAAAGGCGAGACUCGAGAGAAGAUUAACGAGAAUAGUUCUGCAACGGUCACCAACGAUAAUGCAGUGGCUGGGCCAAGUGGAUUAUCGUCUUCUUUCCAAAAUUUGAAACGAAAAAGAAAAAAUGAGUCAUGUGGAAUCAACUCGAAACGUGUUAUCACGGAAUCAGCAGCACAUUAUCGAUCGAUGUUAUCGGCUUCGAGUAUUGAGAAUAACCAAAUUGAACGGGAAAGACAAAUGAAUAGUAAUGACGGAGAAAAUGUAAUUAAUAAAGACAACAGUAACCUCAACGUCGUCAGAGACCAAAGCAUAUUAAAUGACGAAAUUUCUGACGGAGGAUCCAUGAUUAAUAGUCACCACUCCGGCGACAGUAAUGAAGAGGAAGCCAUCGUAGGCCACGAGAAAACAAAUGACGAAAUAGAUAACAAUAUGACGCCUACUCGAGGUAUUUCUAGCACUUCUACGGAAUUAGGUUCUUCAAUUUCAACAGCAACUCGACGACGGAAAACUAUUUCAAGUCGUGUCAGAAGAUCACCGCUUCUUCAGUGUCUUCGUCGACUAGAAAACAAAGUGAAUAAUCUUGUAAAUUAUUUGCACAAGCCCAGCGUUGGUAAUAUAGGUUUCAUUAGUGGAAAUAACGCCAGAGGAAAACAAAUAAUUCCAAAGCUUCAAGAAACUAUCAAAAUUGUCAACAGAAGAACGAUUUUCGUGAUUGACGACGUAGAAUUUACAUCGGAGCAGUUAGCAACAGCAUGUAACUCUAAAGAUAUGCGUGGUCGUGCAUCUACUAUUAUGCGACAUAUUUUUACAACUGAAGAGAUGUGCAAUAUGUACCUGAAACGCCGAGAUGGCGUAGAAAAUCCUCGAAUAAUAUCAGAUGAGGAAAUUGAGAAAAUUAGACAGAUCAGUCUGUAUCUACAAAAUAAAAAGGAGAUAAAGUUUGCUGAUGGAUCAAAGGAUGACAUUGGAAUAUACAUGAGGGAUUGGGCAGGUGCAUUCUGCCGAGAAUGUCGCCGUCAAAAUAAAGUGCCGGAGUAGAAUAACUGCUAUUAAUUUAAUUAUUUAUAGUAAUAGCUAUUAAUUAUAAUCGAUUAUUAAUCAUUAUUAUUUAAAAAAAUUCUAAUUAUAGUUUUAACUAUUACGUAUGUUACUAUCAUUAUCAUUUUUAUAUCAUUACAAUAAUAAUCUUCAGCCUCA